GUUGCAAUGACUUCAUGCCAAUGUGAGUUGGCAAAAAUAUAAUCUGACUGUACAAUCAGUGAUCAUUUAAUAAAUAUUUGAUUAAUAUAAUGCUUUACCAACCGGUCUGAGUUCGAGUCGCUGCUGAUCAUUCUUCGUUACAUUCCAUGCGCAUUCACGCCGCAAGAUAAUACCAAGGUAGAGUGUAUGUUCCGGCGAUAUGGCUCAGUUUGUCAAAAAAGCGGCGUUAUUAUUAUUUAGUCAAGAAUGUACGAAGGAGUAUUUGGACAAAUUCAAUUUUCUUCACGUCGCAUGCUUCAAGGCGACGUUAAGCAAAUUUGUAGGAUUAUCCAUUGUUGGAGGUUCUUUGCUUGUAAAGGUACCUCAAAUUAUGAAAAUUCUAAAAAACAAGAGCGGUGAAGGAAUUAAUAUCUUCAGUGUAUUAUUAGAUUUAUUUGCUAUUACUGCGAUGUUGUCUUAUAGUUUUAUGAAAGGAUUUCCAUUUAGUGCCUGGGGAGAUGCAGUAUUUUUAGCAUGUCAAACUUUGGUUAUUGCAGUCUUAGUAAUGCAUUAUAAUGGAGAUACAGCAAAAGCAACUGCAUUUCUGUCCGCUUAUUUAGCAGUGCUUUUUGCAGCUAAUAGUGGACUAACACCUAUUCAUAUUCUCUGGGCAUGCCAAUCAAUGAAUAUACCUAUAGUCCUUAUUAGUAAGUUUUCACAAGCCUACACAAAUUAUUCCAAUGGAAAUACCGGCCAAUUAUCGGCGGUAACAUGUUUUAUGCUUUUCUUCGGUUCUCUUGCGAGAAUUUUUACUUCUAUCCAAGAAACAGGAGACACAGCUAUGAUAACAAUGUAUAUGUGUUCUACACUGGCAAAUGGUGUAAUAGUGAUGCAACUUCUUUACUACUGGAACGUAGAUAUAAAGAGCAAAGAAAAGAUUAAAAAGAAAGAAUAAAAUGAAAGAAAUGUGAAUGUUUAUAUAUAGCGUAUAUAUAAUUUAUAUAGCGCAAUUGAUAAUUUAUAUAAACUGAUAAUCAUAAAUUUGAUAUACAUGACUGUAUAAAAUUUUGUGUGAAUGAUAUUUUAAAGUCAAUAUGAUAUUGAAAAGAUAAAUACUUGGGAAUCAAUUUCCAGAAAAAUUAAAUUUGGAAUUGUGUUCAUCAUCAUUAUAUAUAUUAUUGCUAUUAAUCAAAUUGCAACACUAUAUGUAUAUAUGUAGUAUUGCAGUUUUAAUAGCCAAAAAUAAAUAUAAACAAUUUGAAACCUUUUAUUGUAACAGUCAAUAUCGUUCUGUAUUUUGAACGUUAAAAUAUUUACAUCUCUUAUUAAAAGAUAUUUUAUAUAAGAUGACAAUACAUAGGGUUUGUUUUUUUAUAGUUGAAUAGGCUGCACACUUUCUCCACAGAAAAAAGAUAAGCUCUGAAUUAGUUUAGCCAAUUCAGCUGUAAAGAACAGACCCAUACUCUAAAAAAAUAUCACUCUUUAAAUAUGUGCAAUUAGAUAAGAUAAAUUAGAUUAUUGUUGAAUGCAUUACCUCAGCAUUUGUUAAAUUUUUUCAAAUAUAGAACAAGAAACAUA